AUGAGCGAGGGUUUUCAGUCGGCAUCCUUGACACAGUUUUUCUCAGACAAACCAGACAACUGCCGCACUUAUGAUGCAGAACUUGCCAUUGAUUUGGGUUCAAACCUAAAUUUUACGGCUGAUUUUCACAAGUUUGAUAACUUGAAAAACCUUCUUGAUUGCAACAAAGAAGCUUUCAAAUUGGACGCCAUGAGACAGAUUAUUGAGAUGGUUGCCCGUGGAAGAGACUGCUCGGAACUCUUCCCGGCUGUGGUCAAGAAUGUCGUUUCAAAAAAUCCAGAGGUUCGAAAGCUGGUUUACAUCUAUCUUACCCGAUAUGCCGAGGAACAUCAAGAUAUUGCUCUGCUUUCUGUGUCCACUUUUCAAAGGUCCCUCAAGGAUCCAAAUCCACUGGUCCGAGGAUCAGCGCUGCGUGUCCUCUCCUCGAUCCGUAUUCCAAUGCUCGUCCCCAUAGUCAUGUUGGCGUUGGAGGAAGCAUGCAAGGAUAUAUCACCUUAUGUUCGAAAGCUGUCAGCCUACGCCGUUCUCAAAGUGUACAGGUUAGAUCCAUCAGAGAAAGAGCGUCUCGUGAAGGUUGUUGAACAGCUACUAACCGACAAGACAACCUUAGUGAUUGGGAACGCAGUGUGGGCCUUUGAUGAGCUUUGCCCGGACCGUUUUGACCUCAUUCAUCCACAUUAUCGCAGAAUGUGCUCGCUUCUUAUGGAUGUGGACGAGUGGGGGCAAGUCGUGAUGCUCGAUAUGCUCACUCGAUAUGCUCGGACACAAUUUUUGGAACCGAAGCGACUGGUCACAUCGAAUGCACCCGAACCAACCCCAAUAUGCAACCCGGUUGAAACAGAUUCUACUCCGCAGAGCUCACCCCAACGGUUGCUAGAGUCCGCUUAUCCGGCCGAUGUAUGCAGUUUACCGGAUAGCGUUGAAACGUACCCUACGAAAGAUGCACUUUCACUUUUGCAGUCGGAUAUGAAUCUCCUCCUGCAUCCUGCUCGCUUAUUACUACAUAGUCAGAACACAGCGGUAGUCGUGGCCGUUGGCAAACUACUUUUAGCGCUGGAGUCCACUGGAGACUACCCGGCCGUGGCAAAAGCUUUCGUCCGUUGUCUGCACAACAACACCGAAACCCAAUACGUUAUCCUGUGUAUCAUCGCCAGUUUGACGAUAAACCAUCACAAUUUGUUCGAACCAUAUCAGCGCUCUUUUUACGUGUUCUCCGAUGAUCCGCUGGACGUGAAGCUGAUUAAAUUGGAAAUACUGACGAAUUUAGCCACGGAGAUCACAGUCCCCACCAUCCUCCGAGAGUUUCAGUAUUACGCCUCUAGCCCAGAUCCCGAAUUCGUUAUAGCCACUGUGCAAGCGAUCGGUCGUUGCGCAAGUGCUAUACCGCAGAUGUCCGAUGUGUGUUUGAACGGUCUCGUUCGACUCAUGUCUCGCUCGGAUGAUAGGGUUGUGGCCGAAUGUGUUGUUGUUUUACGAAGGCUCCUACAAAUGCAGGUGAGUAUAUUCAGUUCUGGCUCCUGUCUCUGA